UCCGCCUUGGCGGCCUUGCCGACUUGAAGACUCUCCGCCGAGUAAUUCGACGGUGGCUCCACUGAAGCUUAACAUCCGUCGUCAUCUGCCUGGGCUUGUGGGUUUUGGUGACAAAUCCUCAGGUUUAAAUCGUAACUCACAAAGUGUUGUGCAAUUUGAGAGAUUAUUGUAGUUAAACCACAGUUUGUACUCGAUGAAUAAUGCUUCAGCAUCCAGUAGUUUAAGGGCAGCUUUCUCACACUGUGUACAGCAAGUCCGAAAUUAUGAUUACCAUCAUUACCUUUGCCUCCUUGAACUCCCCCAUAACAUGCGGAAGGCUGCGUUUGCAGUCCGGGCGUUGAAUGUCGAAACAGCUCGUGCAAUGGAUGUUGCUUCUGAUCCCAGGAUUGGUCUUAUGCGUCUUGUCUGGUGGCAAGAAGCCAUAGACAAAAUCUAUGCCAACAAGUCAAUUGAGCACCCAACAGCACAAGCUCUAUUGUCAGUCGUACAUGAGAACAAAAUCAGCAAGGGAUGGUUGAAACGGUCUGUCGAAGCUCGCAUCAAUGAUGCAAGGAAGGAGAUUGGUGAUGCCCCAGAAAAAAUUGAAGACUUGGAAAAAUAUGCUGAAGACACCAUGUCCACUAAUCUUUACAUGACACUACAAGCUGGUGGUAUCAGGUCGACCGCAGCCGAUCAUGCAGCAUCACAUAUUGGUAAAGCGAGUGGGCUUCUUCUGCUAAUUAAAUCACUGCCAUACCAUGCUAACCGCAACAGGCACUUCUCUUAUAUACCAACUGAAGUGGCAGCCAAGCAUGGUUUGUUGGUAAAACAUGGUGAUCAAGCAGAGAUCCAUUUGGACUCUCGUGAGGGCUUACGUGAAGCAGUUUUUGAGAUGGCAUCAGUGGCUAAUGACCAUUUGCAGAAGGCUCGUGAAUUAGCCAGUACGGUACCUGCAGAGGCUCGUCCGGUGCUGUUGCCAGCAGUCCCUGCCCAAGUUCUACUAGACUCCCUGAGGCGGGUGAAUUUUGAUGUGUUCGACCCAAGGUUAGCACGAGGGAUCCUAGGUAUGGCCCCUUUGUUGUAUCAGUUGAAACUAAAGUGGCAUUCAUGGAGAGGAAAAUACUGAGGAAAUUUCUUUUAUUAGUUUGAUACAAAAUGACAUUCCAUAUUGCAUUCUAGAGUGCAAAUCUGGAGUUGUGUUGCGGAUAUGUUUUUGCAAAAGGAAAAGUGGCAUGUUCAUGAAACCCUGUUAACCAAUCUUUUGAGGUGUUCUUUUAAUAAAUGGGACUGAGCAACUUAUAACUCCAGCCCGGUUCUUUCUUGA